CCGGGGGCCCGCGGCCAGUUUGAACCCGGUGGGCAAAGUAGCUGGACGUGGGACGUGUAGCGAGCGCAAGGCAGGGAGGUCCUGAGCCAAGGCAGCAAUGACUUCGGUGUGGCAGGGUCUGGGGGUGGCCAGAGGUUGCAGGAGUCACCAGAUGCUAACAGAGGAGAAGGAGAGCCCAGUCCCAUGCCAGAGAAAGCCAGCAGCCAGCUCCCUGGACACCCUGUGUACCCGCCUGAGCAGACGCCUACCCCUGGGAGUCCUCGAUGCCAACUUUGGGGACGGGCCCUCCUGGGAGCCCCUGGAGAGCUCCGGGGGAGCACAGGGGGCUGGCCCCUCUGCCAGGAAGGCCUUGGGAUCUGUGGCUCAGAAAAUCCAGAAGUCAUGCCAGGGAAGCAGCCGGAGGAGCAACAUGGGUCGUGUCCAUGGGGGGAGCCCACACCCAACAAGGAGGACGAAGAGUGCCUGGCCGUCGGCGGGUCCCUCACCGAGCCCCGGGGCCAGGCGGUCAACCACCCCCCUUUCGUCCCGGGGCUCGGGGCUGAGAAGGCUCUCUAAUUGGAUGGCCAAGGACCCCCUCCUUCCCCUGUGGAGGCGCUCCCAGCGGGCAGCAGCCCUGCGCAGCCCAUAUUCGUCGCCAGCUCCUCUCUGCUCCACAAGAGGGGGAUGCGAGGAGGGGGAGGAGUUCGUGGCCACGGGCAUCCAGCAGCUGAAGCACCUGUCACAAGCCUUCGAUGAAGCCAUAGCCACAGAUGAGAGGAAGCAAGCGAUAGCUCACUACCGCCUCCUCAUGGCCCACAACCUGAGGGCCGUGUGCCAGUCUGGGAGGCACCCCUGGGCUUCUGGACGGAGGCGUGCAGGGGGACUGACAGACUGAGGCCACCAACAUUGAGGUGUGACCCCCCCCAGAGGAGCGGGACCUGGAGAGGAGGGCAGCUGGCUGGCCACCCUGCACUGACCCUCAGGACACACCCCGGACACCCGCAGGGCAUUUCUCCAGUCCUGGCGCUUGCCAACCUCACUCAGGUUCACCACCACCACGGGCAGAUCUGCCGCAGCAGCCACUGAACCUAGUCACAGAUAGCUGGGCCUGGCGGUGUGCCCCUCCCCUCUGGUCGCCAGGCUGGCUCCAUCCUCUUCCUGUCCUCAGGAAGUCUUCCUGUUCUGUGCUUGGUCCUGCCCAGGCUUGACCCUGCUGAUGAUGGGAAAGUGAAGGGUCUCUAACAGACCCUGCCCCUCGCUUGGACUUUGGGCAUUAAA